AUGGGGACAUUAGGGUUUGAGAAACAUGAAAGAAGAUUGAGUCAGGUCCUGCUUGUGGUUUCGGUGCUGAUCGCAGCAGCAUGGGACGCGGGGAUUCAGCCGCAUCCACCUUGCGUGGACAAGGAUGGUGCUCCUCAUUCCCUCUAUCCCUCCCCCAACGCUUAUGUGCUUCCUAUCCCUGCUGCGCACAUUCCCUUGCCUAUCACCCCUCUUUCAGCGAAGCUCCCUUGCCUCACUCCCAUCGCCCGUCGCAACCUGGCGGAGUACCUGGGGCUGAAGGCAGUGCGCGCCAUCCACGUGCCCAUCCCCGUCAACCUCAUCUUCAUUGGCUUUAAUGGCUCUGGUGACCACGGCAUGCGCAUGAGGGAGGGCGACAUGAGGCGGUGGCUGCAGCGCAUGGACCACGUGGAGGAGCACACGCGCGCGCCCCUCAACUGGCCCUCCCUCCUCGCCCGCCUCUCUCACACCAUGGGGGCGGGCGGCGAGCUGGUGCGCAGUGAUGAUGAUGACGACGAGGAGGAGGGGGAGGGGGAGGGGGAGGGGUUAGAGCAUGACCUGCCGCUGAUCAGCAGCGUGCACUACAACUACACGGUGCAUGUGAUGGAGAUGGGCGAGCGCGUGGCGUCCGUGUUCGAAGCAGCAGUGCGCACACUCUCCCGCCCCGACGACCCCACCGCUGCUGCCGCCUCCCACGACGACGACGACGACCCCGCCGACUCGCCCCCGCACCCCCACCACCCCUCCUCCGCAUCAUCAUCCGGGACGGGCGGCGCGGGGCAGCAGCAUUGGUACCAGGUGGACAUGGGCGCCAUGGCGCAUGUGGUGGACAGCCUGGUGGACUCGCUGCAGCUCGAUGCCUCCGCCUACAAUGUGAUUGUGCUCAACCUCAACCGCGCACGCGCUCGCAAGCGAUACGGGUACAGGCUCGGCCUGUCAAAUGCGGAGUUCAACAUGCUUAAGUCGGAUGACCGCAUGAGGCAGCACCUGCUGUCGCCAGGGCUGGAGAAGGUGCCGCAGGUGCUGGACGAGCAGCACGUGCCACAGCCGCUCUUCUCCUCUCGUCCGGGUCACAAGCUCGCAUGGCGCUACAUCGAGCCACAUGAAAUCCUGCCAUGGGCGGCGCGGGUGACAGCGCUGCUGGGCACAGUGGAGCGAGUGGUGAGCGAGCGGGGAGACCCGCGUGCCAACGCCGCCCGCAAGGCGCAGCAGCUGCUCACCUCGGGGGACCCCCGCCGCGCCCGCGCCCUGCGCGCCGCCCUACAAGAGGCCGAUGCCAGCUGGCAGGAGCAGUGCCUGACUGACACGUGGAUUGGCACCCGCAGGUGGGCGCUCAUGGACCUGUCUGCUGGCCCCUUCUCCUGGGGCCCUCUCUCCCCCGCCCCCCACCGCCCCGCUGCUGCCGCUACCACCCCCACUGCACCUCUCAACACUGCUGCUGCUGCGGCUGUUGGUGCUGCUGCUGGUGGGGCAGGAGGGAACGGCAGCAGCAGCAGUGUCAUGGGGGAUGGGUGGAGCAGCAGCAGCGUGGUAGCGGUGGAUGUGGGGGUGGGUGGCAGUGCAGCAUGGGGAGUGAGGUCGGAGGCCAGCCUACCCUCCGUAGACCGCUACUUCCAUGCCCUCUCGCAUGCCUCCUUAGGUGGGUGCUGUGGGGCGGGGUGGGCGCACAGGUGGGUGGGCGCACAGGUGGGUGGGCGCACAGGUGGGUGGGCGCACAGGUGGGUGGGUGCACAGGUGGGUGGGCGCGCAGGUGGGUGGGCGCGCAGGUGGGUGGGCGCACAGGUGGGUGGGCGCGCAGGUGGGUGGGCGCACAGGUGGGUGGGUGCACAGGUGGGUGGGCGCACAGGUGGGUGGGCGCGCAGGUGGGUGGGCGCGCAGGUGGGUGGGCGCACAGGUGGGUGGGCGCACAGGUGGGUGGGCGCAUGGGUGGGUGGGCGCAUGGUCAACCCCUUGCUGUCGUGUCCUCUCAAUCGACCACCCCCACGUGUGUGCGCUGUGCGGCGAGCAGAGGCGUGGGAGGGCGACCUGAGGGGGCGCCUGGAGCGCAUGGCAGAGGAGCGGCUGGAGGCGGUGGAGGAGGGCGAGGGGGAGGGCGGGGAGGGGCAGCACGCGGUGGACGUGCUGCUGGCGGAGCUCGACGUCUACCACGCCUUCGCCGCCCGCCACUGCUCUCACCGCGCCGUUCCCAGCGCUCUCUGCCGCGAGCUGCAGCAGAAGCUGGAGGAGGUGAAGGACGACCUCGCCAAGCACCAGGGCGGCAGUGGCAUGGCCGGCAGCGUCUUCACGGGCCGCAGCGUGCGGGCGGCACUGGAGCGCCUGCACAGCUGGAAGUUCCAAAGCGUGCCGCCCGACAGGCAUGCGGGCAAGGGCGAGGCGGGGGAGAGCAGCCCUGCAGUGACGCGUGCGUGGGACAUGCUCAUGGCUGAGCUGGCGGCCACGCUGGCGUCCGCCAUGCGCCACGUCAUCACGCCGUCCACGGCUGCUGGCGCGUACCACUUCUACGAGCGCGUGUCCUUCCACCUCUACAUCAUCUCCCACCAGGCGUACUACGAGAGGCGCCACACCCCGCAGUACGUGGAGGACUUCAAGGCGGAGGUGCAGAAGCUGAGCCUGCCGGGCCAGCGCUUCCACUUCUCCACCUACCGGCUGUCAGUGGCGGAGGACGCGGCCCUGGCGACGGCUUUCUCCGCCUCGCUGCGCGCCGCCGUGCUGCCCUCCGCGUCCGCGGGUGGCAAGGCGUCAGCGGGGGGGCGCGUGCAGCUGUACGUGGACUCGCACGUGCUGCAGCACCAGCUGCGCUCGCUGGGGGACGACAGCCUGCAGCGAUUGAAGCGCAGUCGGGGGGAGCGCGCGCAGCUGGACGUGCCGGUGUUCUUCUUCGCCAUCGCGUCCGACCCCAUCCUCAUCGACCAAUCGCUGCUCGCCAAGUCACUGCCCGACAUGGUGCUCUCAGUGCAGCUGCCGCAGCGCCACUGGCCCACCGGCGUCACCUGCAACGGCAAAGAGAUGCACGCUGACCUGCGUGACCCCCUGGCAGCAGUGCUAGCGGCCACAAUGGAGCACCUGGCAGGGCUACUGCCAGCUCACAUUUCCUUCUCCGCCGCCCACUCCUCUGUCGUUCAGGACUGGCGGUGGGCGGCGGGGGGGCAUCCCUUGGCGGCCAUCGGAGGGGGCCUGCUGGGAGGAGGAGGGGCGAGCAGCGCUCAUGUGUCAUCACUGCAACAGGACGCCAUGGCGCGGUCAUUCGUGGUGACAGCGCUGGACGAGGCUGUUGCCACCGUCAACCGUGCCAUUGCACACCUCGCUGCUGAGACCACCAACGAGGACACGUAUGCGGUGUUCAAGCGGUGGGAGCGGCAGCUAGCGGGGCAGUACAAUGCGGUGGUGGAGGGGUGGCGGCGCGUGGCGGCAGCGGUGGAGGCCAUGGACUAUGGGGGCGCGCUGCACCUGCUGCCAGGCAUUGAGACCGCUGCUGCAAGGUGGGAGGGGGAGGUGCGGGAGGUGGUGGCGCUGCUGCACCCGGCUCGCUGCACCAAGCAGCGGCGCCUGCAGGUGCGAGGAGGGCUGCUGCCGCUGCUCUGCUGCCUGUCUGUGCUGUUGCUGCUGCUGCUCUGUGUGCUGCUGCGCAAGAGGAAGAUCAAACCCAAGGUCAACUAG